CCAACAGAGCCUCAGAGUUGCGUCACGAGAAGCGCGCAAUGGCUGCUUUGUGGUCUCUUGUUAUUUUUCUCGUUUGUGACUAAACCAGCGCGUCAUGGAGGUCCUGAGCGCGGGGAAGAAGCACACGCAGGCCCUGGAAAUGGUGUCCGAGGAGGAGGAGGAGGUGGAGGCGGCUGAGAGCGAGCACGAGGAGGGGGAAAUAUGUACCGAGGAGGAGGAGGAGGAAGAAGAGGGUGAGGUGUCCCUGUCCUCCUGUCCUGUCUUCCACACCGCUGUCUCGUCCUAUAACGCAAUUCCCUCUUACCAAACGCACGUAGCUUUUCCAGAGCGACGCACAAACAAGAAGUUCCCGUCGGCAGCAGUAGCAUCAGAGGUGGUGAUAUACGACGACAGUGGCAGGACGGCAAUCUUCACAAGCCCAAAGAAGAAGCGUCUGAGUAGCUACCCAAGGAGGAGCGAAGGGUCCAGACAGCACGUAAGGGAAGGCUCAAGGAGGAAGGACAAGGAGGUGGAGAGAGGCAGGCGACAUCACAGUUCGUCCGCAGCAGUUCCUGAGAAAUGGCCCAAGGUGACGCGUAGAGUGGACAGCAAGGGCUCAGGGGUGUCGGAGGAGGUGCAUUCACACCCACACAAGGGCAAGGAGGUGAGGGGCGGCCAGAGGGUGCGACACAGUAGACAGUCCUCGCCGGAGAGUACAAGUGGAUCUUCCUCCUCCUCCUCCUCCUGCUCCUCCACCUCCUCUUCAUCUUCCGUUAGCUAUAGUCUGAGUGAGGAGGAGAGUGAUGUUGCCUCUGUCUCGCCAUGUAAAGGUAGAGGCAAGGAGAACCGGCGGUGUGGGCCGUCCAGCAAGGGCCACGACAGGUCCUCCCCACCAGCCCGGGAGUAUGGGUGUGAGCGCCCGCCCUCCAAGGUGGCCAGCAAGGUGGCGGGGCACCGCACCAAGCACGGCAGCUCCCAACACCGGCCAUCCUCGCCCCACCCCAGGGAGCCACGGCGCCGGUCCUCCUACCACCACAACAUCCGCCGCAGCCCCAAGAUGAGGACAGCGGGAAAGACGCCUCACCACCGCAUGCACCAGAAGCCGUCCAAAGCCAAGCCCAGUGAGAGGAAGGAGGCUGCCAAGAUGGAGAAGCCUGCCAAGGAGGUGGAGAGUGUGGGUGGCACAGCCAAGGGGCAGAACUGGCUCCCUAGAGGCAGCCUUGGGGAGAUGCUGCUCAGCAGACCCAAGGUGGCCUCUGCCCACCUGACUCCCACCACCCAGAGUGCCCCUCGGACGCUGGCGGAGGGCUUGAGGGCACCGGCUAAGGCCAAGGAGGACAAGGCAGAUGAGGCGGUGGACACUAAUCCGGCACUGGCACCUCCAGCAUCGGAGGCCGCCAGGGAACUGCCCACGCUAGACCAGGAGGACGACGAGGAACUGCAGCUGAGGUACAUUGCCAUCCAGUCCUCCCUCAGGCUGCUGACAGACAUGCAGAAGGAAGGCCAGCAGCAGGAGAAGGCAGUGGAGGGAGCAUCAGGACUCUCCCGGACAGACAAGCUGGGGUCGGAGGCUGCUGGACAUCAAGAGGAGGUGAAGCCAGUCCUACUGCUGCAGAAGGAUGCAGUGGACCCUGGGUCCUACACCCCGCCGCUCAGAGUCAACCAGGAGGUGGCAGAGAUGGAGCGCACGCUGGGGGAAGUGUUGACUGUUCAGAGCACAGAUGACAUCAUCUCCAUCUCUAGCAGUUCGUCCUCAGAGAUUUGCCUCGAGAACCUGGCCACCAACAAGAGCUACCUGGAGGCGGCUGUGGGGGAGGGGCAGGAGGGCAGCGAGGCAGCGGGUGAGGCCAAGGGUGCCGACGAGGCCAGGAAGAAGGCCAGGGAACGGCCUGAUGUGGACCAGGACCCUGUGGACAUGGAGAUCUGUGACAGCUCUGGGGAGGAUGAUGGUGGGGUGGGCACGGUGGAGGUUGUGCGGGACAGCCCCCUCUCUCCGGAGGCAGACCAGGAUGCGGGGCAGGGCGCUGCUGACCCCAUUGCCAAGGGAGAGGGCGUGGGCAGUGGCAACUUCCAGAUCCCAGUGGAGUGGGCAUACAUGGUGCCACCGCCGCCGCCACCUGACCAGCCAGCCAAUGACCUGCAGAACAUCAGCAGCUGGUGCUAUGACCAGAACAUGUACCUGCAGUCCAUGCAGGCUGCACCUGCUGAAGAACACCACCACCACCACCACCAACAGCACCACCAUCAGGAGCAGCAGCACCAGCAGCAACAGCAGCAGCAGCAGCAUCAGCAGCAGCAGCAGCAGCAGCAGCAGCAGCAGCAGCAGCAGCACAACCUGUCAGACACAGGAGGUGGUGAGUGGGUGCCUCCUCAGCCCCAUGCUGCCUCCUGGCCACCAUCCUUCAUGGAUUCCUAUGACAGUGGCCGCCCAUCUGGCGUGGCUGACGACACUGGUGCAGGAGUUGGUGUGAGCCUGCACCACCAGCGCCAUAGCUAUGCCCACCCAGAGGUGCCCCAGGCCCAGGAGGCAGGUGAUGAGCAGAGCAAGGACCUGAGGGACAUCCCUGCGGAGCAUUACCAGGCCUUCAUGUCUGCCGUGCUGCAGCAGCAGAGUCCCAAACCUAAGAGUGGUACCACCUUCACUGAGUGUCCUCAGCGGAACCUGAUUCUGGUGCCCCUGAGCGGCAGCCACCACUCCAAAGGUGGUGCUGCCUCUGCCAGCUCCAGGAAGACCAAGGUGCAGAAGCAGCGAGCCAAGAAGCGACGCCUCAAGAAGCAGAGGGCCCAGGAGAAUCUGCAGCAGGUCACCACCAGUGAUGCCCAGGCAGCGGCAGCAGUGGAGGAGGAGGAUGAGGAGGAUGAGGACCUGCUGAGGGCACAACUGCUCAUUGACAUGUCUAGGAAGAAGGAGCAGCGCAUCAAUGAGUCCCAAGGCCUGCCACCCACUGCCAGUGCUGCCACCACUGCCAUACCACCGCUGCCCCUACCAACACCCCUCCCUGCCCCAGCCAGCAGGGCAGCAGUGGCAGCAGUGGCAGGGAAGGAGGGCUAUGAGGGCCGGGUGUCACCCAAGGUGCCACUGCCAUCCUCUGAGUCUCUCUCUCCAGUGCCGCGGAGCCUGAGAAUGGUGAAGAGCUUCAGCACUCGGCCCAGGAGCAGCGAGAACAGCCCCACACACUCCUUCAGGACGGACCUGCGGCCGGGACUCUCAGACAUUGGGGGCUGGGGCCUGGACCCCAAGGGAAGCAAGUUCAACUACCACAGCACACAGCAUGACUUUCCCCACAGCAGCGGCAGUGGGGAUGCCCCAAAGGUGAAGUUCCCGCCCAUCAAGCCCAUCAUCAUCAGCCUGAAGUCAGACUCGGAGGACUCAGAGGAGGACGAUGACGACAACAGCCAGGGCACCUCCUCCCUGGAUUCCAGCAGGAAGGAGGCGGAGCCGGAGUGCCUGGCUGGGGAGCCCAUGAGCCAGAGCAUUGACAUCCUGCUGAAGAGCAUGAGGAAUGCCAACCCCGCCACCAAGGAGCUUGAGCCCCCGGCCCACCCCAAGCUGGGCCCCAGCACCCCUAUCCCCGCGCCUGCCAAGAGACACAGGGAGGUGGCAGACAAUACGCCACAGGCGGUGCGUCACCUCAGCCGCCACCAGCAGGAGGAGUACCGCUGGCUGAAGGAGCAGCUGCGUAAGAAGGAGAUGCUGCAGCGGAAGAAGAUGCAGCAGAGGCCGCUGAGAGCCCAGCCCUCCAAGCCCCUGCUGUCCCCACCCAUCACCCAAUCCCCGCUGAGCUCCAAUGCCCCACAUGGCACCAAGGGUAGUGCCAGUCCCAGCUUUGGCGAGGACCACACCCGCUCCAUGUCACCAGCCAAGGAGGUGCCAGGCGCGGCGGGCAGUGAGGGCACAUCUUCCUCUGCCAGGGCAGUGACUUGGAAGGACGUGGGUCUGCUGCAGAUACAGGUGUCUAAUGAAGCUGCCCUGGACACUUCCACUGAGAGUGAGGACAGCUGCAGGGAGCAGCAGGCACAGGGCUACUCAUCUGUUGAUGCCUUGGCCACGGAAGAGGAGGAUGAGGAGACUCUGAGGAGGAUGGCGCUGCUCACCCAGAAGAAGAAGACAGAGAGUGGUGCUGUGGAGAUCCAGUGUCGGAGGGUGGUCAUUGAGGGGAGCAAGGCGGAGGGGAAUGCUGUGCAGGCUGAGGUGAAGGAGGCAGAGGAUGCACUAGUAGACAAACUGGAGGAGCACCUGGACGAUGGCAUGAAGGGGGAGUGGAUGGUGCUGGAUGAGGUGCGGGAAGAGGGUGCCGAGGCAGGGGAGGAGGAGCUGUGCAUCAGAGGUGAGCUGUCUGAGAAUGACAUGGAUGAGUGCGUGGAAGGCAAGGGGACCAGUGAUGCCAGCAGCAGGUUGCCUGAGAGGCCUGCUCCUGGGGGUGUGGAGGCCAAGCAGGAUGCAUCGAAGGAAGAGGAGCAGCCACUCAGUAAGAACAGUGAGUUGAAAAUCAGUAAAGGUGAUAUACUGACAAACACAACCACAGUUCCACACCAGGCAGCACCACUCGACCCUGAAGGUAGUGGCGGCAGUGUGGCACAGGAGGAGACCAAGGAGCAGCCAGUAGUAAAGACAGAUGUGAAGCAGACAACAGAGGCCAGCUCUGAUGGGGAGAAGAUUGAAGAAGUGAUCAGGAGGAUAGAGAACAAGGCUAGAGUAGUGCGAGAGAAGGCCGGGAGUGAAGGCCUUUCCUUGGAGCCAAAAAAGAGCAGCGUGUCCACCCAGGGAAGUGGCAAGGCGAAAGAUGCCAGCCCAGCCAUGGCCAAGAAGCAGCAGGGGAUGGAGCUGCCAGGCAAGGAAGGAAGCAGAGUCAAGGGUGAUCAGAUGGACAUCAAGCAGACAGGAGCACCACACCCUAUCACUCAAGGAACCAGCACUCAACUAGUCAAACUCCCCACAGGCACAAUAAGCACAAGUCCCUCUGUAGACACUCACAAGAGUGCUGCAAAGGUCACAAAGAAGGAAGGCAAGGCAGCAUCCCAGGGCAAGGUAGUGUCCCAGCGUAUUGUAGUCAUGCCUGAUGCUUCAGCACUGGCCAAGAGAAAGGUGAAGGGGGUGAGGGCUGCCAUGGGUGAAGUACAGGACGAGGCAGCAAAGUCCCCUGCUAGCCCUAGUUUGACGGCUGUGGCCAACGGGACUGUGGCAGCACAUCAGGAACUAGAGAAGUCGGCCAAGAUGCAGCUGCAGUUGAAGAGAGUGGAGAAAGAAUACAAGGAAAAUAAGAAUGUGAUAAACGUGCUCAGCACACAACUGGUAUACCUGCUGAAGGAAAUAAAAGAGGAGCACAGGCAGAGGCAGGAGCUGAAGAAGAAUGUUGGGGAGCUGAGGGCCAGGCUGAAGGACAUGGAGGCGCAGCUGGAGAGCAAGGCCAGUGUGGUGCAGACCAAAUUAGAGGUGAUCCAACGGCUCAAGCUGCAGCUUGGCAAGGAGCGGCAGGCACAGACACUCCUGGAACACCAAGGGGAGUGGAUGGGCAAGCUGGUUCAUGGCAGUGGGUACAGCUUCUCCAAGGCCCAGGCAAGCAGUAUUGUUGCCCUCCACCAGCAGGUGUGUGACCUCACCAAGAGGAAGAACAACCUGGCUUCUGGAGUCACUAAUGGAGGAGAAUUGAAGACGAGAGUGGUGAGGACCUUUACUCUAGAAAUCAAAAAGGAAUCUACUCCAGGGAAUGAGAAACCUGAGAAAGCCCUCCUCCAGGUGUCUCAGGGGAAGGUGCCACCAGGCCCUGCAGGGAAACCACAGGAGAAGGCUGCUACUGUGGUGAAGAGAAAAUUGGUCUCAAGUGGUGUGCUGGGUGGUGCCAAGGUUGCCAAGGUGGAAGUGCCAUUGGAGAGUAGUGCCAUUCAAGAGAGGAGAGUGACUGGAGUGCCACCAGUGCCCAUCGAGAAAAUGGUGGAGGAAAAACUUGAUGAGAUGAAGGUGCUGUGUCCUCACGACUUACUAGGCCGCUGCAACGACUCAGCCUGCCAGUACCAGCACCUUCCCUCAGCCAGACCCCCAUUGCCGCCAGCCACCAGGGGAAACGUGCCUGGGACUGACCCUCCUGCUGUCUCCACUGUAAAGGGAGCAAGUGGUGGAAAGACAGGUGCUGGGGUGAAGAUAGUACCAGUUGGGGGGGAGUGACAGUAAAGGUGGCUUCAGUGUGGCAGGUAGGACAGUGGCAGGAGUGACCAAAGUGACAAAAAUGGUGACGAAAGCAGUGUCGUGCGAGUCCAGCGUUCGACAGGUGACUGAGGCAAGUGUGUCAGGACCAGACCAGGAGAUGAGUAGCAACGUUCUGGUUACAGAAACUCAUACCACACACCAGCAGACCAACACACUGACAGCUGCAGACCUGAACACACCUUCCACAUACCACCAGACUGAAAUACCUGCCACUGUGCCACCAAACACACCCACCACACACCAACAGACUAACACACACACUACCACAGACACAAACACACCUGCCGCACACCAUCAGACUGAAACAACUGCCACUGUGCCACCAAACACACCCACCAUACACCAACAGACUAACAUGCACACUACCACAGACCCAAACACACCCACCAUACACCACACUGACACUCACACAGACUUAAAUGCACCCACCACACACCACUUUAAUACAUACACACCCACCUCACACCAGGAAACUGUAAAACCCACACCUACAGAAGCACACACCACAACACACACAACACCAAAGACAGAAACACACACCACAACACAUACAAUACCAGAGACAGAAACACACACCACAACACACACAAUACCAGAGACAGAAACACACACCACAACACACACAAUACCAGAGACAGAAACACACACCACAACACACACAAUACCAGAGACAGAAACACACACCACAACACACAGACACCA